UAAAUUUUUAUUGUGGCUACUGUCAAUCAAAUCAGGAAGAAAAAAAAAAAAAGAUGGCAAAAAAAGAGAAGCAAGUGAUAAUAAUAGCAAUGAAAGGGCACCCGGGAACAGGGAAGACAACCUUAGCUGAAUCCAUAGCCACAGCUCUGAAACUCCCUCUUCUUGACAAAGACGACGUUCGCGAUUCCACUUCAACUCUUCAACACACUCUACCAGCCUCUUCCGCUUCCAAGCUCCUCAACGACCUCUCCUACGACGUCGUUUUCAGGAUAGCCUCCACGCAGGUCCGCCUCGGCCUCAGCGUCAUCAUCGACUCUCCGCUGUCCCGCAGGGCCCACCUCGACCGGCUUGUCCACGUGGCGUCGUCAGCUGGGGCCCGCCUGUUGGUUGUGGAGUGCAAGCCGAAAGAUGAAGGUGAGUGGAGGAGGAGGGUCGAGUGGCGAGGCGGAGGCGGAGGCGGCGGAGAUGGAGAGGCGGCGAGCUGGCACAAGCCUGCAACGUGGAGUGAUAUGGAGAGGCUGUUGGAAGGGUACGGUGGGAGUACGGAUUACGAUUUUGGGGAUGUUCCGAGGUUGGUGGUUGAUACGACGGCGGAUGUUCCGGUUGGGGACCUUGUUUCCACGGUGGUGGAGUUCGUUGACUCUCACGCUGCAGGUAGCGGUGGAAGAUUUGUAAUAUAGAAAAAAAAAGAAAAGAAAACGUACGUGUACGCCUCAGAUGGAGACACGUGGUGAACUUAUGAUUUUCUAUUGUUCCUCUUAGUUCAAGUUAUUUUAUUUUUAUUUUUUUUGAUGUGGUAGUUCAAGUUAAACUAAUAAGAUUAGAGUCCAAAAGUGAUUGUUGUCUUA